UUUCAAAGUCCUCGCCACUAUUGAAUUUAUAUUUUUCCGUCUGAAAUCUAAAUAUUUGGAGGAUGAACCGAAAGCCGUUUGGACUGCCCAUUUGGACGCCGCUCUUCAUCCUUUUCUUGCUAUUCCUGGCCGGCGCGUGGGGUAAGCCAUCGCCUCUGGUGAAUCACCAUGGUCUGCUGGGGAUGUACCACCAGCAGGUUCACGGAUCUGCUCAGAGGAAGGGAGGUGAAUGCUUCGGGGAGGCAAUAAAGGACAUUGGACACUAUCGACCCGAUCGGUCCAUGAAUCCAUUGAAAGCCUUUCUUUCUUGGCCCGGAAAAUCACGAAAAGCUGAUAAGAUGGAGGAUAAGAAGUUAGUUGAGGAGGAGUCGUUCAGUCCCGAAGAGACACAGAAUAACCAAGUGGAGGAGCCUCAGUUGGAGGCUAAUGUGGAACCACUUCUAGCCCCGGAAGAUGAGCUGCUCUUCGACCAGAAACCGGGGCUUCUUAACGAGGACGAUUGGGAUCACUUUAAUAAGGAUCAGGACCAGGACCAAGAUAUGUUUGACAAAUAUAAAGCCAGCAAAUCUGAGCUGGUUAACAGUUCCAUGAUGGAUUAUAAACGAGAAUUUGCCAGUGAUGAGGCAAAUCCUUUUGUGGAAAGCCUUCGACAGCGUUAUGAGCCCUCGCCACAUGUCUAUUCAGAUUAAUGUGUGUUCUGAAUACAAAUCCAUAUAUUUUUUGUAUUUGCUUCACAGAUAAGUGAACAAUCAAUAAAAGCGAAC